GUGUUGAACAAUGAAUAAAAUAAGAGUUGAAAAGUUGACCGUACAUUUGAUUUUAGCACUUGCAUCGAAAAGCAUUAAUAAUAUGUAGAUGCCUUGAUUUUCAUCUUGUAAAGCUUGUUUCAAUCUGGAAAUAGUUUUAUUAGAAGCCAAAAGUAGCAUUUAAUUCAGAAUGAAUGAUGCAGAGUGAUGGGUGAACUUCAUCUUAAUUCCUGACUUCUAAUUUUUGAGGAUUAUAAAUUCUGAGAAUUAGCAAUAUUGGAGAACUAACCAUCAUUUCUGAACCAAUGAGUGUUAAUCAAGAAAAUUUUACUUCUUAAUAUGUUUCAUUGAUAAGUUGGGCUCAAAACCCUUCCUCGUACUUCCAGCUCAGGCUGACAAAAAGAAAUAGUCAGUGUUUAAAGGGAAAUAGAACUAAGUGCUAAAUUAGUGAGUAAAAGAGAGGGAUUGAUAUAAAAGUUCAGAACCUCAGAAAUCUAAUCCAAAAAAGAGCUAAAAUGCUUAAAACACCUCCAGAUACAGUUUAUUUUUGCAUACUUCUUCUAAAUUUACCCAUGCAUGCUCUCGGUUCCCCAAAUCUUAUUUUCAGAAGUAAUAUUUAUUAUUGUGUUGCCUCAUGCUCAAGUUAAGUUAAAUUAAAUAGAAGCUUGGUUACUACAAAAUUUGAGAAAUUAGUUUCCAUAAGUAAAUGGCUGGUUGUGAAGAAAGUUAAAAAUAUCAGAAAAAUAGUACCUUAAAAGCCCCCUUCUACCACCCAUCCCCCUUCAAAUUCCCUUCUCUCUACUCACGCCCUACACCAGUGCCAACCCCUCUUCCUUCCCACCAACCACAUAUUUCAGCACUAUAAACUAAAAUUGGUCUUCCUUAACAAAUCACAAGACAGAUGGCAUCCUUCAGCCAGUUUAAUUCUGAUUUCGACUACUUUUUGUUCGAGACUUAUCUUCUUGCCAUGAAGGAGUUUAUAGGCACGAAAGAGAAUGAUUGUAAAGAGUUUAUGGCGUGUGAAGUGUUUAGACUGGGUUUUGAGGUACUAUAG